CAUUGGAGUGGACUCUGCUGGUAGUUUUAUCUCGAGUCCUAACAGAUAGCACGUGUGGGAACAGGUUGCAAUUUUCCCAGUUUGAUGGCUGCGGAGUCAGAAAAGCAACUCCUGCUGGAACCUCUUUCCUGUUCGGGCUCUGAGGGCAGCGAAGAUGGGGAGUGGUCCUGCGAAGAUGGCGGUGAGGUGGACACGCGGGAGAGUGGUGACAGACGUUGGGCCAGGAAGAGACUCUUGGUUGCCUUGGUCGUCAGCCUGGUCUUCAUGGUUGUGGAGGUGCUCGGUGGGUACGCUGCACACAGUCUGGCCAUCAUGACGGAUGCGGCACAUCUACUGAGCGACGUGGGUAGUAUCUCCCUGAGCGUCUUCUCUCUCUGGAUUUCAGGUCGCACACCUAGUCACACCUUGACCUUUGGAUGGCAUCGAGCGGAAACUGUCGGAAUGCUGGCGUCUCUCUCGUCCAUCUGGGGGUUGUCGGUGGUCUUGGUCUGGUCGGCCGCUCAGAGACUCUCCAACGGCAACUAUGACAUCGACGCCAAUAUCAUGCUGCUUACUUCAGCCUGCGGUGUGGCCGUCAACAUCAUAAUGGUGCUGGUUCUCUACCAGUCGGGUGUCUCGCACUCCCACAGCCAUACCGCCCCCUCCAGCAGCCUGCAGAAGGACGAGUCGCGUCGCCCUGCUAACACUAGCAUGAAGGCCGCUUGCAUCCACGCGGUGGGAGACCUGAUCCAGAGUGUCGGUGUGCUGAUGGCAGCUGCUAUCAUCCAUUUUUGGCCUGCCUGGAAGGUGGCCGACCCCAUCUGCACGCUACUCUUCUCUCUUGUGGUCAUGUGGACCACCUUUCCCACCGCCAGGGAUGUCUUCAGAGUAUUGAUGGAAGGCACUCCUCCUGGAGUCAGCGUAACCUCCGUGCAGAAUGCCCUACUAUCAAUGCCAGGCGUGUCGUCGCUGCACCGCCUUCACGUGUGGAGCCUGGACAUGACGCACUCGUUGCUUUGUGUUCACAUCACUUCAGAGAAAAAUGCAGAUCCACAUGUCAUCCUCAAGAGGGCCACGAAACUCCUGCGCUCUGAAUUCGGACUAACCUCAGUCACCAUCCAAGUGGAACCCUCCGGAACUUUGCAAAGGAACGUGUGAUGAGCAGAUCAGGUGGAGUUUUUUUGUUUUUUUUCAUGGAAAAUGAACAAUAAAAUGCUAAUUUGCUUAGCUGGAAGCCAAAUUACAGUGCAACGUCCUCAAAUCUUGUAGUUCAAACUAACAUCGAAAAGAUUGUUACAUGGGUUACACAUUUUUUAAUUGUGGUGUGAGGCCAUCAGAGAACAGGAAAUGAUUUCUUUUAAAAUUGUUAUGCUAAUCAUGAUCAAGGAAAAAAAUGUGUCAUUUUUCUGUUGAAAUUUUGAAAUAGGUUACCAAA